CCGUACUAAAGGCAUAACAUCUACACGCUUUCCAGUAAACCACAGAUCAAUUAUGUAGGCAGUUAUCUUGUUUACAGGAAGUAAGGGUCUACGUAACUACAGGAUGAGUUGAUUGAUAUCGAUUUUUUAUCUAUAUGGGUUUCAGAAAUCUCAAACGCAAGGCGCAAGGGAAAAGCAGCUACCCGUAAUCUGCAAGCCUACUGCUGAAGAUUUCGACAGAUGGCGCUGGCAUGGUCAAGCAGGGCAAUCAGACUGUUGCCUUUCGCCGAAGGUCUUGGCUUGGUGGUCCUGGUCGUGGCGACGGAAGAGGUUCUGCGCCGCGUAGUACUACUUCGCCUUCGCAUUUGGCGCCGUCGCACGGAUGCGUCGGCCUAUGAUGGUCUACAGGGCUUGGUUUCGUACAGUGCAUGCCUUAUCGCAGCGAAUCGCGCGGUGGAGACGGAGCAGGAGGAGCCCUACAUCCUCGAUCCCCUUGCAGCGGGACUCUGCGGGCAGCAGGCCCUGGAAGCUGCACGCAAGAGAAUAGCUUCCGCAGCAGCUGCAGCAGCUGCAGCUGCUGCAGCGGAGGUGACACCAGCAGCAGCAGGAGCAGCGGCAUCGGAUGCAGGCACGGUUGCCCAGGUGCCGGCUCCGCAUGGGAGCGACCCGGGAGGCACCGGCAGCCCAACUGCACCGCCCUGCACACCUGGCGGUGCGGCGGAGGCCGACCGGGAGCCGCGGCCUGUUGCCCUCCUGCAGCAGCCGCGGGCUAGGCCCAUUCCGCGGCUCAUCAUGCGGACCAAGUUCUUUGAUGACGUCGUGUUGUGCACCACCUGGCAGGGCGAGGGCCCCGGUGCGGCCCCGGCGGGCCACAGCUGCCACGCCCGGCUCCUUGAAGCCUGCCGCACGGCGCCGCCGUGCCUGCAGGUGGUGCUGCUGGGUUCGGGCCUGGACGCCCGGCCGUGGCGCCUGGCGCUUCCCCCCGGGCUGCGCUGGCUGGAGGUGGACCGGCGGGACGUGUUGGCGGCCAAGCAGGCCCGCCUGCGUGCGUUGGGCGCGGAGCUGCAGCGGCCGCCACCCGCUGCCACCCCUGCCGGCACCGCACACCACGUCACCCCACAGCAGCCCGCUGCAGCUGCGGCUGAUGACAGACAUCCAGACCCAGACCCGGCGAUUGCGGCUGGGCCACAGCAACAACAGCC